AUGGGACGGAAGAAGCUCACCAUGAGGCGGAUCGAAAACCCCACCUCCAGACAACUAACUUAUACGAAGCGCAAGGAGGGCAUCAUCAAGAAGGCCGGCGAGCUUGCAGUGUUGUGUGACACCGACGUCGCCCUCAUCAUGUUUUCACCCUCCGGUCGCCUUGCUAGCAACAAAAGAAUUGAGGAUAUACUUCUUCGAUUUGUUGACAGGCCAGAUGAGCUUAGAGGAGGGCCUAUCAAUCACGAAGAGGCCAAACUGCUAGGCAAUCAACUUAGUCAUGAAAGGACUGAAAAUGUUGAGAUGCAGGCAGCAAUGAUGCAAAUGGAUGAUGCAUUGACUAGUCACUCUGCUGAGGGAAACCAUGCUCGGGUGAGGUCAAAUAUGGAUGAAAAUCAGAGUAGAUCAAGCUCUGCAGAGCCUCAUCUUAGCCUAGGCUUCAUUGAAUCACAGAAGAUGUGGAAUAAGUCAUGGAAUAUAUAUUGA